CUACCUGCAGCUUUGACCGGUUCCAAACAGGUGAGACCGAAGAGGGAGGGGUGGAGGACCAGGUACACUACAGGUGACUUCUUCCUGGGAUCCAGCAGGGCAGGAAGGAUUCCCUUCCUUAUCAAGGACUUCAGUGGUUCACCGAAUGAGCGUCCUUUCCAAUUUACACUCACGAGAUGAAGCCGGUGUUCAGUGAGUGAGGAAACAGCUCCGAAUGAAGAGAAAUUUCUCUUCGUAGAUUUCUCUUUAGUUCACAGUCGGAUGAAGGUCGUGCAGGUAGAGCUCACUGGAAGCCUACAUCUGCUGGAGAAGCUGAGCUGCUCGAACAACGGCAGAUUUUAAGAAGAUCUGGAAGCAUGUACCUGCAGAAUCAUCACACUGGACUCGUUGGGGAAUGAUUUCUGGAUUGCACAUAUAUUGUCUCUCACUCGGGUAACGAGACUGGAAACGCCCGCCUCAGAUGCACGGCACACAUCAGGCCCCAGGUGUGUAGGAAGAGACCCACAGGCAUGGGUCUCGCAAGGCAUAUGGCUUUUCGUUCUUGGAACUGGUUGCUAUGGCUGAUGGUCCUUGCACGUUCCGAAGCAUCCUCGUAUGUGAAUGAAUCCUCCAACUCCACUGCCCAGCAGGCACCUGAUGCUCGGUUUGCUGCUUCCAGCUCAGACCCAGAUGAAAGAAUAUCUGUGUUUGAAUUGGAUUAUGACUAUGUUCAAAUUCCCUAUGAGGUCACCCUCUGGAUAUUGCUUGCAUCUCUUGCAAAGAUCGGUUUCCACCUUUACCAUAAGCUGCCCCACCUCAUGCCAGAGAGCUGCCUCCUCAUCAUCGUGGGCGCGCUGGUGGGUGGCAUCAUCUUUGGCACCCACCACAAAUCGCCUCCAGUCAUGGAUUCAAGCAUUUACUUCCUGUAUCUCCUUCCGCCCAUCGUGUUGGAGAGCGGCUACUUCAUGCCCACGCGGCCUUUCUUUGAGAACAUUGGCUCCAUCCUGUGGUGGGCAGGCCUGGGGGCCCUGAUCAAUGCCUUUGGCAUUGGUCUCUCCCUCUACUUCGUCUGCCAGAUCAAAGCCUUCGGCCUUGGCGACAUCAACCUGCUGCAGAACCUGCUGUUCGGUAGCCUGAUCUCGGCGGUGGACCCCGUGGCCGUCCUGGCUGUGUUCGAGGAGGCUCGCGUGAACGAGCAGCUUUACAUGAUGAUCUUCGGGGAGGCCCUGCUCAAUGACGGAAUCAGUGUGGUCUUAUACAACAUACUAAUCGCCUUCACUAAGAUGCAUAAAUUUGAGGACAUAGAACCUGUGGACAUUUUGGCUGGGUGCGCCAGAUUUGUCAUCGUGGGCUGCGGGGGAGUUUUUUUCGGCAUUAUUUUUGGGUUCAUUUCGGCUUUUAUCACACGUUUCACCCAGAAUAUCUCUGCAAUUGAGCCCCUCAUCGUGUUCAUGUUCAGCUAUCUGUCGUACUUAGCCGCCGAGACUCUUUAUCUCUCCGGCAUCCUGGCAAUCACAGCUUGUGCGGUGACAAUGAAAAAGUACGUGGAGGAGAACGUGUCCCAGACGUCCUACACGACCAUCAAGUACUUCAUGAAGAUGCUGAGCAGCGUGAGCGAGACCUUGAUCUUCAUCUUCAUGGGCGUGUCCACCAUCGGGAAGAACCACGAGUGGAACUGGGCAUUCAUCUGCUUCACACUGGUCUUCUGCCAGAUCUGGAGAGCCAUCAGCGUGUUUACUCUCUUCUAUGUCAGUAACCAGUUCCGGACUUUUCCCUUCUCCGUCAAGGAUCAGUUCAUAAUCUUCUACAGUGGCGUGCGAGGCGCCGGAAGCUUUUCCCUUGCGUUUCUGCUUCCUCUGUCCCUUUUUCCUAGGAAGAAAUUAUUUGUUACUGCUACUUUAGUCGUUACAUAUUUUACUGUAUUCUUUCAGGGAAUCACAAUUGGCCCACUGGUCAGGUACCUGGAUGUCAGAAAGACCAAUAAAAAAGAAUCCAUCAAUGAAGAGCUUCACAUUCGGCUGAUGGAUCAUCUGAAGGCUGGGAUUGAAGAUGUGUGUGGCCAAUGGAGUCACUACCAAGUGAGAGACAAGUUCAAGAAGUUUGAUCAUAGAUACUUACGGAAAAUUCUAAUCCGGAGGAACCUGCCGAAAUCAAGCAUCGUUUCUUUGUAUAAGAAGCUUGAGAUGAAGCAGGCCAUCGAGAUGGUAGAGACGGGGAUACUGACCUCUGCUGCUCUCCUCACACCCUAUCAGCCCGAGAGGAUACAGGGAACCAAGAGGCUUUCCCCUGAAGACGUGGAGUCCAUGCGGGACAUUCUGACAAGAAACAUGUACCAAGUUCGACAAAGAACUCUGUCCUACAACAAAUACAACCUCAAGCCCCAAACAAGUGAGAAGCAGGCCCAGGAGAUUCUCAUCCGCCGCCAGAACACCUUGAGGGAGAGCAUGCGGAAAGGGCAGAGUCUGCCCUGGGGAAAGCCGGUGGGCACCAAGAACUUUCGCUACCUCUCCUUCCCCUACAGCAAUCCCCUGUCAGCAAGGAGAGAAGCAAGAGCUGCUGAAUCCACAGAUGAUGACGGCAUCGAUCCAGGACUCCAGCCCUUAAUGUUCAGAGCACACCAGAGAGCAGGGUCCCUUCAGGAAAGACGGCAGAGCCAAGCAAUGAUCCCGAUGAAGAGUUUUCACAGAGGAGAAAAGGCCCUCAGCUUCAGCUACCGAAGCAACAGCAGCUGCGAGGAGCAUGCUGGAUGGGGCAGGCGGGACGUCAUCCGGCCCAAGCCACUGUUCUACGCAGUAGAUGAGGAGUACGAGUCUGGAGAGCAGACCGAGGAGGAGACAUCAGCAACCGGGUCCAGAUGGAUAGCCCAGCACAGACAUAGCAGAGAGCACUACAAAUCCCACAGUCCUUUGCUCCAUAAAAAAUAGUUCACUACGCUAAGGCUGUUGGAUCUUUCCAGAGUCUCUCUUCUAUCACCAUAAAACAAAAAUUCUCACAGUUGAGAACAGAGCUAUUGACUUUGCAUUUUUGAAGCUUUUGGACACCUAUCUAUAAAACAGGAUGACUUUCCAAACAAACUUGAAGGAUGAGCCACAUACUUGUUUGUGCCUUGGUGUGUCACAGAACUUAACUCCCCAGAACAGUCAGCCAUAUCAAAGGAUUACAGAAAUCUACCAAGUUCUCCUGGUUUUCUUACAGACAUCAAGGGGGCGGUACUGGGAUUUGGAGAUAUGCAAUGAUGGAAGCCAUUAGGAAAUCUCAUUGCUGUUAAAAGAACCAAAGAACAAAGAAUUCAUCACUUAGAAUAUAUAGGAACCUUCUGUUACAACCGUCUGAAAUAUGCCAUAUGUCAAGAACUAUGUGUGAUUGGUUAGCAAUUCCUAUUCCUAUAGGCUGAAAUUAACAAUCAAUUAGCAACCAAUUAGAACUGCCAGGGACCUUUGAAGUCAUUUGGCUCAGGUCCUAGAGUUUUCAGAUUGGGACACUGACAAAGGUCCCAUGGCAGGUUGGUCACCUUGCAAGCUGAAUAUAUUUGGCUUUAAUUCCUUUUUAACUCUUCUGUUUGCAAAGAUACAGUAACAUACCUCAAAUGAGAGGUAAACUUUGUUGCAACAUUGUUAUAUUUAAUCAGUGAUAUGAAUAGAUGCAAUCUACGUUAUAGGAGUUCAUCUUUGAACAAUGAUUUAUACACUAUUUUUGUAAUUAGAGUGUUAAUUUAAAAGUAAACUUGAGAAAUGUAAGAGGCCCAGUUAAUUAGCAAUGAAAUGAACAAAAGGAUUUAUCUGCCCUGAAUCUGAAGUUGUGAUGUUGGGCCCUGGAGUUUAGUAACUAUUCUUCAGAUGAGUUUUUCAUGGUGAUUAUUCCAAACCUGACCUUGAACUCCACACUUCAGCUUGACAAUUUUAUCAACCACUUUCUCUCUCCUCCUGCCUUACUCUUUCGCUGUCUUCUACCUGGACAUCUACAAGUGCAUAAGCAUUUCUGAAAUGCUACUUCCCAUGCCAGAUAGCUAGACCCAUGGCAUUCAAUUUAGUAAAGAGCCUUUGACCAUUACUGCUUUACCCAUCUCUGCCAUGCGCAUCUGAUUGAAUCACAUACAUCUGUUGCUACAAAUUUCUCUGACUCUCUUAAGUUCUAGGUGCCCCUGUAUUUCUUCAGAUGGGCUAGGAAAUUUGCCUGUGAGUUAUAUUACACAUGAACAUGUGUGUUUAGUCUUAUGGCUCAAAGAACAAGGGGAGGAUAGUUUGAUCAUUUUGCCUUUGGCCCUUUACCAGUUGUGACUUUUUUCUCAUUGUUUUCCUUUUCACCAGUUUUCCUAAAAUUAGCUGUCACAGCGUUUGCUACCUGUUGACGAGAAGGCAAUGUUUUUGAGCGGGAAGGGAUCUUAGAGAAGGUGUGGUCUUCAGAUAAUAGUAUUUUCCAGAUGUCAAAAUCGAUGUCCUGAGAUAUGACUUGAAGCCAGCACAUGGCCUGCUUUCACUUGGUGGGAAAGGACUUGUCCUUUAACAUGACCUAUGGAUAUCAACUCCGACCUCAUGACUUUGCUCCAGAUUCUCCCUGCAUGAGUGAUAUCACCCAGAUUCCUAUGGCCAGAGUGGAGAUGUAAAUCAAAGAAGCCCAUUGUUCUUGGGAAUCCAAAAGAGAAUGUGUUUUGUAAAUCAUACAAUAUCUUUAUUUUAAUAAAAACCAUACGCUGUCAAGUGAA